AUGGCUACAGCAACGGCGGCACACAUACGUUUCGAGAGUUUCGAUCCGGAAAAGGAGGAAUGGACGUAUUACAUACAGCGUUUCGAGGUAGAAUUAACAUUACACGGGCUCAACACAGCCAGCAAAGCAGAAGAAAAAAGAAACCAGUUCCUGGCUAAGGUAGGAUCGAUCUCAUUUAAGAUUUUAGUGGAUCAUUUUAAACCGAACAGCGUCGUGUCGAAAUCUUAUGACGAGUUAAAAGCGGUUUUAGACAAACAUUACAAACGUCAAACAUAUGUUCUUUCGGAACGGGUAGCAUUUUCUAUGCGCUGCAGGCAAGAAAACGAAUCGGUAACACAGUUUUUGUCAGUUUUACGAGGUUUGGCGGGAAGUUGCGAAUUCGGAGAAAACCUUAACGAGCGCCUACGUGACCAGCUUGUAAUCGGCAUUAACCAACCUGCAUGGCAGCAAGAAAUAAUCUUAAAAUACACGACAAACGCAGCAAAGUUGUCCGAGGUGGAAACCUAUGCAAUACAACUUGAGCAAGCAAGUAUCCACGGGCGGAAAUUAUCCGAAAUGACGCUUUUUAAACAUCCUGAAUCGGCAACAGCAUUUCGGGUUAAACAAGUAGAAAGUCGUUCUUUUCCUAAACCUAGUACUAGUAAGGAUGAGAAUAGGGUCGUGUUACGGUUGGACAUAGAAAAACAUUGCAUAUUUUGCGGUUAUGACGUGCAUAAAAACACGGCGACGUGCGCGGCUAGGGACAAGACUUGUGCGGCGUGCAGUAAGCGGGGACAUUUUGCGCGUGCGUGUAUUUCGUCGGGUCGAGCAAAGCUGAUAAACAAACAGCGAAGCGGCGGUGUUCGGCACGUUCGCGUUCAGGACAGAGACAGACGACAGUCAAACGAGAGUAGUGACGAAGAACAUUUUAGCGCGGAUUCGAAUAUUUCGGCAAUUCGCGCGGUACGCGGAAAAAAAGCGUUCCUCGAUGUAAAGGCGGGUUUAGGCUCGGGCGGAGCAAUCAGUAGCUGGAAGAAGUAUCUGGGAGAAGUUGGGAAAGCCGAAACUCCGACUCCGACGCUCGACCUGGUGGUUUAUUCACAUUUACCUAUUGACACGUUGGGUACAGCGCACGUACGCGUAGCAGCAUUUGGAACAAUUCAAACUUUGCCUUUGACUUUCGUAAACAGUAAUGAUGUUCCGCUUUUUGGGUUUGAUUGGUGUCUAGCGUUUGGGCUUCCCCUACCUCCUGGAGCGCGCGUCUGUUCAGUAAAGGGGGGGGAGCGCGAGGAAUGGCUAGGGCCAUCAGGACACACGGAGCACCCGGAGCAAUUGCAGCUUGAGCGGCUUCUGUCCCAGUAUGGGGGACUUUUCGAAAACAGAAUAGGCACUAUUAGGGGACCGUCAGCACGGAUACACAUUUCUGAGGAUGUGCGUCCAAAAGCAUUCAGAGCGAGGCCCGUACCCAUUGCGCUGCGGGAACAGGUAAACGCAGAGAUCGAGAGGCUGGUAAAUGAGGGAGUUUUAGAGUUGGUUGACACCACAAUAACUUCGAUUAGCUGGGCCUCACCUAUUGUAGUGGUUGUGAAGUCAAAUGGCGCCGUGCGCCUUUGCGGAGAUUUUAACGUGACGAUCAAUCCCUACGUACAAGUUGACGACUAUCCGCUACCUACUUUCGAAGAGAUAACCGCUAAACUUUGCGGGGGUCGUAAAUUUUCGAAAAUUGAUUUGAAGGACGCAUACCUACAACUCCAGGUGCACCCUGACUCCAGAAAAUACCUUGUGGUCGCUACUCACAAAGGGUAUUACGCUUACAAGAAGUUGCCGUUUGGAGUAUCGUUUGCACCUGCGCUUUUCCAACGCACAAUGGACCAACUGCUCUCUGGGAUUGAGGGAGUUGUCUGCUAUUUGGACGACAUUCUGGUAACCGCACCUACACCAGAACUACAUCUUCAACGUCUGAAACAAGUAUUAGAGCGCUUAGAGGCAGUCGGCAUCAAGACAGAGCGUCGAAAGUGCGCAUGGUUCCAGAGCAGUAUCACAUAUCUAGGGCAUGUGAUUGAUCGUUUUGGCAUACAUCCGAUAGCCGACAAGAUUGAAGCAAUACAAGGGAUGCCAGCCCCGCAAAAUACCACAGAGUUAAGAUCAUUUUUGGGAUCCAUCACAUACUAUGGUCGUUUUAUACCAAACUUACAUGCGGAGUGUGCACUACUACACCGGCUAUUAAGGAAAAACGUAAGAUGGGAUUGGACUGAAGAGGACAACAAGGUUUUUUUACGUUUAAAGACGAUUUUGUGUUCAAACGACACCUUGGUGCAUUAUGAUCCAAAGCUCCCUAUCUAUGUCUGCACCGAUGCCUCUAACAGAGGCGCGGGGGCGGUGCUUUCACACAAAUUCACAGAUGGAACCUUACGCCCUAUCGCGUACGCAUCACGCACGUGGACGGACACGGAAGGGCGUUACAGCACCAUUGACAAAGAAGCCCUGGCCAUUAUUUUCGCAGUGUCUAAAUUCAACAGUUACCUCUAUGGCCGCCAUUUUUUCCUGGUAACGGACCACAAGCCGUUGCAAUACAUUUUUAGUGAAAACCGGACCACACCGAAGAUUGCUAGCAAUCGGCUACUCCGUUGGGCCACGAUCCUGAAUAGCUACAACUACACUAUACAGUACCAGUGUGGCAAAGAAAACGCACCUGCAGACGCCCUGUCGCGUUUACCGAUAGCCAUGACAUCGCGGUCCGCUGAGGAAGAGGCAGGAGAGCCUAAAAGAAGUCAGCUUCUACAUCUCAGACUUCAUCAUUUGUGCGUGACCAGAAAGACUUUAAAAAGCGGCACCUCGGCUGAUCCCGUGCUGAGAAAAGUUUGCGACUACACAAGCGGCAGAUGGCCGGAGAAGAAACAUUUGGCAGCGGAAUUGAUUCCAUACUUCGAGAAGCGGGAGGAGCUAUCUGUGGAAGAGGGGAUUCUUUUGUGGAAGGGUCGUAUUUGCGUGCCGGCCGGCCUCCAAUUGGAAAUCUUAAAAAUGCUACACGACGGUCACCCGGGCGUCAGUGUUAUGCAGUCCCUGGCACGCCUGCAUGUUUAUUGGCCCAGGAUCGAUACUGCGAUAGAAGACUUUGUGCGAAAAUGCUAUCCAUGCCAACGAGCGAAAAGAAAUGAACAAUACUUACCUCUGUUUCCGUGGGCACCACCGGCGGAAGCCUGGAGUCGCGUACACAUCGAUUUUGCCGGGCCGUUCCAAAACAAGUGGUGGCUCAUUGUAGUCGACGCCUACAGCAGGUGGUUGGAGGUUGUUCCUAUGUCGACCACUACCUCCGAGCGUACAAUCACAGCACUUAUGGAAGUUUUUAGUCGGUUGGGGCUCCCUAAGUUCAUCGUUUCAGAUAACGGACCUCAAUUUGUUUCCAACGAAUUUGAAACUUAUUGCGCACAGAGUGGGAUCACACAUAUUAGGGUCACACCCUACCAUCCGAAGUCAAACGGGUUAGCCGAACGCAUGGUAAAAACGUUUAAAGAGAAGAUGUCAGUCAUGGAAGAGCCAAACCCACAGCGCCGUUUAUCACGUUUUCUUUUUAUGUACCGGAACACUAACCAGCGCUCCACUAAUCGGACACCGGCCGAAUUAAUGUUUGGUCGCCUUCUACGCUCUCCUUUUGAUCAACUGAAGCCUGACGUCACCAGAAACAUAGAAAAGGAACAACUUCACCAGGCCCGACUUCACGACAGAAGGACAAGAUUUUACGAGUUUGAUGCGGGCGACCCUGUUUGGAUCAACAACCCUACUACAAAAGGAUCCAGUCCGGGGGUCAUUACAAAGAGGACGGCGCCGUAUUCGUACGUUGUUGAUUCGGAGGGAGUAAUGAAGAGGAAACACGCAGACCAGUUACGUUGUCGUAUUGAGAGAACGGAUUUUAGUGACUUGGACGUACCGGGUGCGAUCGUCGACCAUGAGGCUGCCCCAGUCUCGCCCCAGGCGCUACUGGAGCACGAACAAAACAGUCAGCAAACAUUGGCGCUGCCGGUAGUUCUACUGCCGGAACAGAGGGAGGGAACACCACUAAAAUGUGAGUCGCCGAGGGUGGUUGGAUCGCCGGUUGGGAGUUUCCAUGAAGAGGGGUCGACGCAUGUUCCGACAUCCACUGUUGGGCAUCCCAAAAAAAGGGAAGAUUCACCGGUCGUGCGUAGAAACCCGCCUAGGACCCGAGUUCUUCCGGCACGAUAUCAAGACUAA